UUCUUGUUCUGGUUUCAUGAUACGGGCUGCUGCCAAAUUAAUGUAAUGUGUGUUCUACGGACCCAAUGCGGUUCUCAUUGUGUGACCAUGCACCGCCCCGACCAGGUUCAGGAGAGGUACAUGGAGGACGGCAACGACAAGCUGAAACUGCUGGUUCUCCUGUGCAGCGAGGACGACGACAAGCUCCAGAGGGCUGCAGCUGGAGCCCUCGCCAUGCUCACCGCCGCCCAGAAGAAGCUCUGCACCAAGAUCACCCUGGUGAACAAGAAGUACAAGGAGAGAAGAGUGAGGCUGUAGGAUACCCUGUGCCGGAAAUUGGCGGUGAGGGACCCAGGCCCUGGUCCGGCCCGUCACACAGCUGUCCUGAACCAGAGGCUGAAGCUGAGGAGGAGGAGGGUGAAGCUGAGGAGGGUGAAGCUGAGGAGACGGAGGGUGAAGCUGAGGAGGGUGAAGCUGAGGAGACGGAGGCUGAAGCUGAGGAGACGGAGGCUGAAGACGUGCAAUCGGGGGUCCAGGAAGCUCUGGAAAACUCCCAGUCAGAGCCUGGGUCACAGCCUUCGCCUCUAGAGGGUAUGGAGGUCCUGCAAACGGAAGUUAUGCUCCCUGCCACCCCCACAGACGGGACUGCGGGGCAGUCCUCCAGGAAGAGGCGGAAUGAAAAACCUGGAGAUCCUGCAAACACCCAACGCACUCCGCCCCCGUUUCACCUGCAGGGCUUCAGCUUCAAAAUAGCAACAAGAUAUUACAUCACCAUCCUGAUCCUGUUCCAAUCCAAUCCGAUCCAUGCAAGGACGACCUCCACCAGUGCCCACCCUCACACACGUGGUUACAUUGGCUCCGGAGGGAAGUGUGUACUCUGCCGGGACCCACAAUGUGCAGCACACCGCCUCAAAAUAUGCAUAGGUGAUAACUGCACAUGGCUGAACAGAACGUUGGGAAUCAAACACUGCAGCAAGGACAACCUGAAGCUAGAUGAGCCAUGUCAGCUGACGGACAGAAGCCUUGUGGUACAGUCUGACAAGCCCAUUACCUUUGAAGGGAAUGAUAGCCUUUCAGGUGACAUGAAGGCUAUCCCCUCCGAGAUUGUAUCCCCAUUGGUGAACACAGCUGCCAACACUAUGACCCCAGACACCAGGAACUCUGGUGUUGACAUCCGUGUCGUUAUCGGUGUCCUUAUCGUUAUCAUUAUCGUCGUCGCUGCCGGUAUCAUCGUAUGGAAGUAUGGAAAAAGACGGGACAGGAUGAGUCCUCAGAACACUGCGCCUCCUGAUGGGAACGCCAGGAAUGAGAACGAGAUGAGUCCUCUUCAAAGUGAUGCGAAUGGAAAUGUCACUCAGGGGCCUGGAAACGAUGGCACCAGGUUCAGGUCGUUUCUCUACCCUUUGUAAGGGUUAUUUAACAUGUGUGUUAUUUAACGUAUGCAUUCUUCGUUCAGCCUCCACAGGCCGCUUGGCACCUCCCCCUCUCCGAACCUCCACCUCACGCUCACGACUACUGUCAGUUCUGGCUCCAUGGUGGUGGAACGAACUCCCCGUUAAGGUCAGAACUGUAGAAUCUCUCCCCACCUUCAAGAGCAAGCUGAAGACACACCUCUUCAAGCAGCACCUCUCCCCAUCCCUCCCUACCUCCCUGUGAACCUUAAUUGUUGUCUGUGACUUGCUUUGUGUAUCGGUAUUUUUAGUUGGCUAGGUAAGCAGUGUUUGGAUAGGUAACUUUGGUCACUUUUGCUCUGUUUGUUUCUUUGUUCAAAAAAAAAAUUGGCCCUCGUCCUUAUCUUUGUUGUACAGGUAGCAGUUGAAAUUGUACUUCCCUCUAGGGACUUUCAGCGCACUUAUCCCUGGUUAUGGGUAUGCACUUUGUUGUAUGUCGCUCUGGAUAAGAGCGUCUGCCAAAUGCCAAUAAUGCUAUGUAAUGUAAUGCGUGUUAACAAAGACAAUCACGAUUACCACGUUAUGUUAUUUUAAAUCAAUUAUUACCCAAUUGAGUAGAUUUGGAAUUGAAUGUGUAAUGUUUCCACAACAUUUAAAAUAUUGAACUAAAAGCUCUGAAAAAAUGUGCACUUUAUACAUUUUUUUCAACACACUGCUAUUUCAACACUGUAUAUUAGAAUAAUAUGGGCAACACUGCACUCAAUUUUCAAAUUCAAAAUGCAUUUUUGGCAUGACAAGUGUAAAAAGUGAGGAUUCAUUUGAAUGUUUUGCUCAAACCAGCCAAUUAAUGACACCUGUUUUUCCAGAUAAUGAAUGAAUUCUCGAAUUGAACUCCACAGUGCUAUUAUUUUGAACACGCCCCUUUCAAUGAAUGAGUCAAUUACUCAGAACAAGCAGCGUGCAUGUCAUGAGAGUUGGGUCUGUUGUUUUUCUAUUACACGACAACAUCUACAAGUAAAGUAAUUGCCAUGCAGAAAUCUCACACUACUAAUACCAGUGGUUCAUCAGGCUACUGAUACUGUUUUCUUGAACACAACUGUACGUGAUGUUCUCGGUUCUAAUCAACAUCGCUUAUGGAACGGGAUGGCCAGUUUGAGCCAGAUGGGCAGGCCCGGAAGUUCCCACUCCAAGGCCUUGCAAUGAGGAGGAAGAGAGCAGGUUUCACUGAAUGAAGUUCUUGCCAAGUUUGCACAAGGUAUAAAGUAACUGUGAAGAUCACUGUAAAUAAUGAUUUUUAGUAUGGUGUACUCUUUCUGCAGUAAUAAAGACCUUUAUAAUUGGAUCUAA